GCUGCAGAGUCGUCACGCCGGCAGCUUUCUGGCUUCCCCACAACUGCUGCUCCCUACUCGCGAAUAUCGGAUCGAAUACAUCACAUGAUGGGAUUGUCUUGCAGUACAGAGGUGAAGUCCCCUCUCAAGUGCACGUCGAUGAACCGCAUCGAGUCAACAUCCACUCCCCCGGAAGGACAGGAAGAGUCUGAGAACGCGGAUGUGAUCGAUCUGAUCAAGCUCUCAGAGGGUGACAGCGCGGACUUCGACAAGUUUUCAGCGAGAAUCGCUACUUUUUUCAAUGACGAAGGCGUUAAUCACCAUUGGCUCUCGAAACCUCAAUCGCUAUCUCCGCCCAAUUGUGCGAUAUUCGGAUGGAGACUGACUUCCUGUAACAUGCUCACUUGCGAAUUGUGUGGUGCUAAACUCUAUGCCGAAGUCAGCGCAAAACUUCCCCCUCAUACUGCGCGCAAGUGUUUGAAAGAACUCGAGAGGAACCUGAGGUCAGGUCAUACGAAAGGUUGCACUUACCGUUUCGCGCCUUCUCCCGAGGAGUUCAAAUUCGUGUCCUCGAAAGCCGCUUCGACUUUGAUAGAGGAAUUUCAGAAACGUCUGCAAUCUCUAAAAGUUCUCGCAGACGAUCUUCCGAGCGUGACCCUGGACGAGUUCGAAUAUCUUGACCAGGUGAAGCGUGAUAGCGAUCUCAAGGACACACCAAGCGAGCUGGUUAUUCUCGCUUUAAUGGGAUGGGAGCAUCACUCCACGGCUUACAAUAAAUUUGUUUUCAUCCGAUGUGGAUAUUGCUUCCGCAAAGUCUGCACCAUGUUCUACCGUAAACUGACGAGGGAGGAAGAGCUCCUGGUCGAAGAAGCUGAACAACGCAUGCGUGAGGAGAGCAAGGAUUCCUCCCCGAACAGUUCGAAUCCUGAGGAAACCCAGACUGUCCCCGGUUCCACUGAGCGGAAGCGCAGGGGCUCCAAGGAUAUUCUGGAAACGAAGCUGACGUCGUCCAAGAAAAAGAGGAAACCGCAGGAUCAGCUCAAUCCCGCUUUCGAGCAUCGAUCUUGGUGUGCUUGGAUAUCCAAACCGAGCCACGACUCGCCAGUGGGCUGGAAAGUUCUCCUCCAGCUGCUCAUUUCGCACAACGAGCGCAUCCAGAGUAGCAGAUCGCCGCAGAAAGUGUCUCACGAAGCCGCCAUCGAUGCAGCCGAUAAGGCAGUGGAGAAUAUUCGUCGGAAAAGCGAUCAUUGGAAAGGUCGUAUCCUACAGGGCGAUAAGGACCAACUCAUCGAGCCCGUCAGAUCAUCCAACCAGGAAACUUCUGUUGUGAGCAGCCCAUCAUCCUGAGAUCGAUUGUCCUAAUCUUAUUGUAAAAAGAACUCGGACGACGGGAGAGGAGACGUGUACAUUCGAAGUGUUUGUAUCUU